AUGGGGCUCCUGUGCUUCGUCCGGGGAACGCUCACAGCUCUCGGUGUUCAUGCCAGAAAACACGUCGGUGUGUUCGGGACGCUGCCUCCGAGUCUGUCCGGAGCUCCGGCGGAGAUGAAAAGGUACAGCCAGGACACGGGUAAAGAUGUCCCGGGGCAGUUCGUAUGCUUUCAGCUUCCACACAGGACCGUGCUUAAGGUUCAGGGCCCGGAUACAAGUCCGUUUCUUCAGGGGCUUCUCACCAAUGACAUGGCGCUGCUGGAAGAGCCCGAACCUGCAGCCAUUUACGCCCAUAUGCUGAAUGUGCAGGGAAGAACACUGUAUGACCUCCUGUUGUACAGACUGAAAGACGAUGGUGGCGUACACAGCGUUUUCCUGGAGUGUGACAGCACAGUUACAGAGGCAGUUAUAAAACACUUGAAGGUUUACAAGAUCCGUAGAAAGGUCAACGUCAGCCCCUGUCCAGAGCUCUCUGUAUGGGCAGUGCUUUCCAAGCAGAUCAGCACAAGUCAGCAGCCCAGUAAACCCGAGCUUUCUGCCCCGGAAAAAGCUUUGGUAUGGGAGGCUGACCCUCGAAGCACGCAAAUGGGGUGGAGAUUGGUGCUGCAGAGUCAUGUUGACCCGUUGGACAUCGUUGCAUGUUGUCAGAAAGGAGACACUGAGGACUACCACCGGCAUCGCUAUGCAAUAGGACUUCCUGAGGGAGUGAAGGACCUUCCUCCUGGAGUGGCGCUACCACUGGAGUCAAACCUCGUCUACAUGCAGGGUAUCAGCUUUAGCAAGGGCUGUUACAUCGGCCAGGAGCUCACAGCCAGGACUCAUCACACUGGGGUGAUUCGAAAGCGCCUCAUGCCAGUACGAUUGUCAUCUGCAGUCCAACACCACGAGGAGGGAGCCGCCUUGCAGACGCAGUCGGGCAAGCCAGCUGGGAAGCACAGGGCAGGGGUUGGUGAGCUGGGGCUGAGCCUAAUUCGCAUGGCACACGCCAAAGAAGUGUUGACACUCAAAUCUUCCGACGACACCACGGUGACACUUGAAGCCUCUGUGCCAGACUGGUGGCCUAAGGAUGUGAAAAUUAACUGAAG